AUGGAAAGAGUAAGGUGGAAACGUUUAAUCUGUAACAAUUAUGCAACUCCAAAGAGUAAAUUUAUCAUUUGGAUGGUGUUGCAUAAUAGGCUUCCUACUGUGGAUAGGAUUAGGAGAUGGGGUAUUAACUGUGAUGCUAGGUGUAGUCUGUGCAGGAGUGAAGAGGAGUCCUUACAGCAUCUUUUCUUCUCCUGUGACAAUGCAUCUGCUAUUUGGAGGGAAAUAUGUAGGUUGAUGAGGUUUGAUGACUCAGGAGGGCUAUACCAAGAUGUUAUCUCCAGUGCAUGCAGUCAGGCUAGGAAAAAGAAGGGGAAGUUGUUUGUGAUGUUCUUUACUAAGAGUGUCCAUGCCAUAUGGCGCCAGAGGAACAGUCAAAUAUUCAGAGAAAGUUGUAAGGAUACAAAUGUAGUACUAAGAGAUAUUUUCUUUAAAGUUGCUACUAGGUGUACUGAUGUAGAAAGGAGAAGAUUGUUGAUGUAA